UGAUUCUUUGUUGCCGUCGGUGUCUGUUAGAUGCUCCGGUUUCUUGGUUUUGCAUUAGAUUUUAACCUCUGAUUCGUUGUCGUGGGUCUGUGUUUGAUGAUUUCGGAACCAAGACAGAACAGAGAUGUUCGCAGUCUUUGUUGAACUUUGGCCAGUCGUUGUGCGGACUUUGAACUUUGAUUUACGAGCUUAAUUGGUGCCAGUCUUUUCUUCAAUCAAAGUGACGUUUUCUUGGGUUAGCUCUGUGCUAAUGCUUUGUUGGGUGGUUUGAGCUGGUUGAGAAUUGCUGAGGUUGUGGGAUAAUUCAGUGCAAGGGACAGGAGCUCAAAUCUCGAACUUCAGCAAGGAAAUCAACAUGGAAGAGAAAUGCGAAUCCACCAUAAAAGGACAAGUGCCACUGAAAAAUGAAGAGCUCGAUGCCAAAACAGAAAACAGGGAUGUGUUGAUUACUGACUUCAAGGAAGAGAAGAUCGAGGAGAUUGGAUCACCUUAUGAGUUCAUCGAGAGAUCCAAUCCACCACACCAGAAGGAAGACAUGGCAAAGGAACAAAAAGCUGAGGAAGGAAACUGUGCAGAGAAGGAGACGAAGGAUGAAGACAAAGAGGAAAUAACAAAAGAUGGAGAGAAGGUUUCGAACGAGGAGAAGAAAGAGUGUCAUGAUGAAUCAAGCGACAAACUUGAGGAGCAUGAAGAGACCAAGAAAGAAGAGAAAAGCAAGGAAAUAGUGGAUGGAAAGGAGAAGGGAGAGGAAGAGAAAAAGAAAAAGGAUAAGAAAGAGGAAAAAAAGAAGAAGCCCGAAGCUGAUGAGGAAGAAGAGGAGAAGAAAAAGAAGGACAAGAAAGAGAAGAAGAAGAAGAAGGAAAAGAAGUGCUCUGAAUCUGGUGAGGGAACCGAAGCUGAAGAUACCGAAAAGGAAGAGAAAAAGGAGAAGAAAGGAGAUAAGAAGAAGAAAGAGAAGAAGCACAAGGACAAAACCGACGAGGAAAAAGGAGGCGGUGAUGAUUCGAAGGAGGAUGAGGAGGAGACAGAAGGAUGCACCGAUGUCGUAUCGAGGGAAGUCGCCGUAGAAGAGGAUCUCGGCAAGUCGGAGGGAGAAACAGAGAACAAGAAGUGGUGGAAACAUAAGGAAGGGAAGGAAAAGAAGGGGAAAGAUAAGAAGGACAAGUGCGAAAAGAAGAAAGAAGAAUGUGGCAAGGACAAGUACAAGGACAUUGGUAAGUUGAAGCAUAAGCUCGAGAAGAUCAAUGGCAAAAUUGAAGCUCUUCUGGAGAAGAAAGCAUUCAUCUUCGGGAAAAUGAAGGACGCCGAGGCAAAGAAGAACGGCGAGGCUUCUCAGGAGCCUGCCCCUAAAGAAGUUGCUGCAACCGAUGCAGCAUAGUGCGUCCUGAUAAACGUUUCCCGGUCAGCUUCUGUCGACGAUGUUCGGCCUCGGACUCAUAGCACGGUGUGUUUAUGCAUAAAUUGAAAUCGCUGAUGUUUCUUCUCUUUGAUGCCAUCCAUAUUGUCCCUACCAAUCUUGUGAAAUAACUUCAGGACCAGAACUGAUGCGUGAUGUACUACUUCGUUAGUUAUACGUUAUAUGUGGAGGUCACUUCUGCACACUCCGCUUCCUGUUGUACUCUUCUCUCUUCUUCUAUUGAGCUUUAAUCUCAGAUCGUGGGAAGCACUUGUUCUCUCACAUUUUAGUAGUAA